AUGGAUGGCAUGGAUGGUCGAGGUCAGGUUAUUGUUAUUGGCGCCACUAAUCGACCCGACUCUGUCGAUCCUGCUCUCCGCCGUCCAGGCAGAUUUGACAGAGAAUUCUACUUCCCGCUUCCUAAUGUUGAAGCCCGUCGAGCUAUUAUUGAUAUCAACACCAGAGGCUGGGAGCCUGCGCUUUCAGACGAAUUCAAAGACAAGUUAGCUGCUUCAACCAAGGGAUAUGGUGGUGCCGAUUUACGAGCAUUGUGCACAGAGGCUGCUCUGAAUGCCGUACAACGAGUUUAUCCUCAGAUAUACCAAUCAAAGGACAAAUUAUUGAUUGAUCCUAAAAAGAUCAAAGUGUCUUUCAAGGAUUUCAUGAUCUCACUCAACAAGAUCGUCCCAUCUUCCGAGAGAUCUGCGUCCUCUGGCGCAUCUCCUCUUCACAGUACGAUUGAGCCACUGCUACGAGAACCCCUGCGUGAAAUCCAAGAACGCAUCGCCAAGCUUGUCCCCAGGAGGAAAGCACUUACUGCCCUGGAAGAAGCACAGUUUGAACAACCUAAUGACGACGUUGGAUUCAAACGCGAGAAGUUACAAGAAGAGUUCGAUCGAUCGCGGGUUUUCAGACCCAGACUGCUUAUCCGGGGAGAGUACGGAAUGGGACAACAGUACAUUACAUCUGCGCUACUGAACCACUUCGAGGGCAUACAUGUGCAGUCCUUUGACCUUCCGACUCUAUUGAGUGAUUCGACCAGGUCGCCCGAGGCUGUUGUGGUACAACUCUUCGCCGAAGUCAAGCGUAACAAACCCAGUGUUAUUUGCAUUCCAAGCAUCCGGUCAUGGUAUGAGACACUUGGAAACGCUGUGAUAUCAACCUUCAUGGGCUUGCUGCGUUCAAUUCCCCCGACAGACCCUGUGUUAUUACUGGGUAUCCUGGAAGGGGAAGCUGAUUAUGAGGCAAACUCCGAUAUCGUACGCAACUUAUUUGGGUUCUCUAAGAAAAACCAAUAUUUCCUUAGUUAUCCAGAGCUGUCUCAACGCCGGGAAUUCUUCCAGCCCAUUAUAGACUUCAUACGCACACCUCCAGCCGAUUUUCCUGAACCAGAUAACCGGAAAAAGCGAGUGAUUGAGCAGCUUGAGCUUGCUCCUCCAGCUCCUCCGAAGCCACCACCAGCUCCUACAAAAGAGGAACUUAAGGCACAAAAACGAAAAGACCGACAGACACUUAAUCUCAUGAAGAUUCGGAUACAGCCUAUUAUGGACCAGAUCCGGAAAUAUAAGCGAUUCAGAACGGGUGUUGUCGAUGAGUCCCAAAUACGAUAUCUUUAUGAUGACGAUGAUCCGAAUGUUGUCACGUCCGACCUACCUCCACAGCAACGGAGCACGUUUAGGCCUUACGAGAAGGACACAGACAAAGCUGGCGUCCCUGGUCUGCGGGAAGUUGCAUCAGGCAAAUUCUACUACAACUUGGAUAUCGUCACCAUCGAGAAGCGAUUAUCCAACGGAUAUUACAAGCGUCCAAAGGACUUUUUAGCUGACAUCAAACGAUUGGCUAAGGAUGCAAAACAGCUUGGCGACCCCGAUAGACAGUUGAAAGCGAAUGAACUGUUGGCAAAUGUUGAAGUUGACAUCGGCGCAAUUGACAAUACUGAUCCAGCCCUGGUGGCCGAGUGUGAGGUGGUAUACACGCGAGAGCUAGAACGUGAAAAAGCUGCGCUGGAGAAGAUAAAGCAGCCAGUAGCCGAUGCCGAUGGCACAAUGAAGCCUCCAGCUGGCCCACCACCACAGAUGAACAUAGCGCAUGGAAGCAUUGAACUGUCCAAUGUAUCAUCGGCCGGCCCCGUGGUACUAGGCGAGUUAUUCAACAGUCCAUGCCCGGCACCUGGUAGCAAAUCUGGCCCUGGACAUCCAUCCUUGACAAAUGGGCAUACUCCAGGUUUCCAUCUUCAUGGUGGUGUUGACGGCGUCCGACCUCCAACCAGCAACGGUCCUCUGCAUAAGCCAGAAGGUGAUGGUGAUGUUGAGAUGUCUAAUUCGGAUCACACCUCCGGCGCACACCAGAACAACACUCAGAACAGCUCUUUUGGUCCAUCUGCACAGCCGAGACCACUACACUCAUAUACUGCGCCUUCGCAGUUUAUGAGGCACCAGUCCGGUCUGUCUACGUUGUCACAAAAGGGCAAUAUCACACCGAUGGCCCCUGGAUCACAACCCGGUGACUAUGUUAACGAUGCCUCGACAACCCAAACAACCUCUGACAAAAAGAAUUCUGGUCCCACUGAUAUCAUGCAUACCAAUCCCCAUGCUUCCUUGAUUGGGUCGGCCAUGCAUGAUGCGCCAGACCUCACGCUAUAUCCCGAUCGUGCUUCAGGUGAUGAGCACCUCCCUGAGACUCAGCAAGGGGAUAGCUCCUGGAUUUCCUCUCAAAUGACGCCUCUCCGUGGUGUAGCCGAAUUCAUUCAUUCACAGUCCACAAGCAACGCAAAUGGUAGCCAGUCACAACCUCGCCAUUCCCAGGCAUCUCAACCACAUCCUGUUGGCCCUCCACCUCUCUUUGACGCCGCAUCUAGCCGUUCUUCAGGGGGAAACACACAUGGAAAUCCUGUCACCCCUCCUUCGCGCAAUGGUGAAACCACCCGUAUCUCGAACCUCAUCAACAGUGAGCCAAAGCAACCUGAGCCACCGCUGCCAAACUUAAUUGUGGAUGAAGACCUCAAUAGAGAGCUUCAUGAUGAACUUAGUACUAAGACCGGAGGAUUCUCAGUUGAGCAACUGGAACAGAUCAACACUGAGCUUAUGGACUGCCUAUGGGUCAACCGCAACGAGUGGAAUAGGCAAGAAGUUGCCAUGAUCUUGAGGUCAACCUUUCUCGAAACACUUGAUGAUAUAAAAUCAAGCCAGAACUACGUCGACACAACUCAGAAACUGGGCCGCCAAUGA